UUCAUAUAUCAGUACAACGACGUCUGUUGAACCCAUAACAUCAUGCAAAUCUACUCUCGCGCGUAAAAUACGGCAAAACGGCGGCUAAUGACGACCUCUCCGCUCUCUCACGACUCACCAACAGCGUGAGACUCUCGAACACAGAAGACUAUACACAAGUGUAGAGUAGUACGUAUUAGUACCGUAACAUAUAGCGAAGCCGACCGCGACGGUUAUUUUUGUUAGCAUCUUCUUUUGACUUUCAUUUGGAUUUGUUGUUAUUAUUGAAUUUGUCAAAGAACAACAAUAACAAAUAAAGCAAAAUAAGAAAAUAAAAACAAAAGAAGCGACUUAAACGAUUGAUCGAUCGUGAUUUUAAAGUGUUGUCUUAGCAACUACCCAUAGCGAAAAAAAAGAAUAAGAAGUGUUGAAAGAGUUCUUAGAAGUAUGAAAUGUUAACAACAACAAAAUAAAUAAAAAAUAGUAAAAAAAAUCAAUCGAAAAUAGUUCAAGUGCUUGAGAAAAUGUUGUAUGUGUACAUAAAAAAUUACAUGAGUGAUAAUGAUAAAUAAAUAAUAAUAACAAAAAAGUGUACCUAUAAUUUUACGUUACGGUUCGUUCCCCUGUUCUAACGUGUAGAACCUUUAAAAACCAAACAAAAAUUCCAAAAAAAACCUAUUUGGCUUUACUUUGCGAAUCGCUCACUUGAAAUCAAGAGUUAAAUGAGACCUCAAACACUGCAGUCAACUUUACUACUUUGCCGCAGAAAAAGAUAAAACAACAAGCACAACACAGUACACAGUACAAACAAAACAAAACGAGGCAGAAAAAAACAAGCAAUAGCAGCAACAACAGCAAAAAACAUAAAAAAGUAAAUGUUAACUCAUAUCGGGCGUUAUAGCAGCUGAUUAAAGUGCGAUUAACAAAAAAAAACAUACGCGGCAAAAAGAAGCAACAAUAACAACUAAAGCAAGCUACGUGUGUUAAGUAAACGAGUCCAAAACAACUUUAACCAACCAAGAAAUAAUCAGCCAAAAAAAGAAAAAUAAAAACACAAUUUAUUUAAAACAAUUACUAUUUGCUCGGACAGACGGUUACAAUUCGUCUGUCCAUACAUUCAUGUGUGGUGCUUAGAAAGGCGCCGCGCAAAAACAGCGUCUUGCGCUUCGUUUUUGCCAUUCAUAAAAACAAGAGUCUUAAACAAAUACUGAGUAAAGCUUCAGCUUCAGCUUCAGCAGCAGCGGUGCCAGCGUCUGCAGCAGCAGCAGCAAUAUCAGCAGUUGUAACCCAUUCAACCUGUCUCCACACAAUCUCCAUACGAAUUUGGGAUUUCGCCCGUCAACAUGUGUCGCUGUUGCCAAAACUGCUGGGAAGAUAUCUAUUGGAAUUGUUUCGAGGAAAAAUUUUGCUAUGAUGAAACAAUUGCCAAUUAUAAUCCCGACGAUGAUGAGGAAUAUCUUGCCAGCAAAAAGAAUGGCAAUAUAUUGGGCCGCAUACAGCCGGCAGACAAUAACAAUGUGCCAACCAUUAUCAUAGAUCAGCCAUUGCGCAGGGGCAACUCAUCGGCAUUAUUCAGCAAUGGCAAAAUCCACGAAGAAGAUUAUCGCCGUGAAACGCAGACCAAUGUACCCAUGCUGGGCCCAGAAAUUCUUGCCGUAUUUGCCAAUUCACAAAUAUUCCAGGAUCAUCAGCCCACCAAAUUGAAUCGUAUCAGUACGAAGCCUAAUUUGGCUGGCAUACACUCGCCCAAGCGCGAGGUGCCCACCACACCCAAGGAGUCCGAUCAGGAUCGUUUGCUCAGACGUUUGGAAGCAAAUCUCAAUGGCGAUACUUUGGACUCACCCCAUGACAAAACCGAAACGGAUCACAAGGAUGUUACACCCGAAAAACGCAUUACUUUUACCAUCAGCCCCGACACUACACCGGAGGAUGCUCUGAAUUUCUCGCCGAAAAAGUUUGCUGCCAUUGCCGAAGAAGAAUCGGUUUCCACAACAAAUACUCCCAUGGCGGAGCCGGCAAUGGAUGAUGAAGUGAUACUACGACCACGUCUCAUUGACAGACAUCCCCAUUUGAUGCCACAUUCUGGCAUUUCCAGUACACCACGCAAUAAAAUCUUGCGCAAUGCCAAGAGUGUGCCUCACUUCAAUGUUCGCUCGGCGGCAAGUGAGACGGAUAUAUUUUCCAUAACCGGUUCGGGCAAUCAGAUAAGCAUGACGCCAGAGGUUCCCUCCAUAUCCUUCAGUAAUUUGCCCAAACAUUAUGAAGACACUCCGACCAUAGAAAAAUAUCGCGUUUCCCAAUCUUUGUACUCCAUACAAACGGCCAAUGCUGCCCGAGCCAAUAAUGAGGAUUACUCAAUGCCUCGCUACUUCCGUAAAUCAGCUAUGAUAUCUGCCAGCUCUGAAGUUUUGGCAAGCAGCGGCGGCGGUGGUGGAUCCAUGACAACGCCUUCAACAUCUUCAUCGCGUGAAGAAAUGCGCCGUCCCGAAAAGGAGAAGAGCAAACGUUUGCAAAUGCUAAGGGGAGCCUUGCCACCACUGCUCAUACACUCGGUAUCGUUCCGCAAAAAUCGUGAUGAGGCCAAGCAAGUGGACUAAAUUAAAAAAAAAAAAUGGGUUUUUAAGUUUCAGCUAACCACAUGUGAAAUUAUUGUAUUGGAACUUUUUGUCUUAUUUAUAUCAAAAAUUUUUUUGGCCAUUAUUUCCUUUGCCCAGUUGUAAAUAGAGAUUUUGCUAAUGUUUUUUUUUUUUUUAUUUUUGGAAGAAAAAAUUUGUAUUUG